CGACUGGGAGACAAGCGUUGACAGUGCUGGACCGGCUGGCUCGGGUCGCGGCCGCGGCAUUACAUCGUUUUCCAAUCUGUCCGCAAACGCCGCCGCCCGAAACAGAGCCAGGAUGUUCGGGAUGCUGAGCAGCAGCUUUGAGGAUGAUCCCUUCUUCUCUGAUUCUUUUAUGGCACACCGAGAAAGUAUGCGACAGAUGAUGAGAAAUUUUUCUGAACCUUUUGGAAGAGACCUGUUCAGCAUCUCUGAUGGCAGAGGAAGAGCUCGUAACCAUACGGGACAUGAGGAUGGAGAAAAUUCCUUGACUCGUACAGAUGUCAACCCUUUUCAGGCAAUGGACCGAAUGAUGUUAAAUAUGCGAAACAGUAUGCAGGAAUUACAAAGAAACUUUGGUCACCUUUCAACGGAUCCAAAUGGACAUUCGUUUAGUUCUUCCUCAGUUAUGACUUAUUCCAAAGUAGGAGAUGAACCACCAAAGGUUUUCCAGGCCUCAACUCAAACCCGCAGGGCUCCAGGAGGAGUAAAGGAAACUAGGAGAGCACUGAGAGAUUCUGAGAGUGGACUAGAAAAAAUGGCUGUUGGUCAUCACCUCCGUGACCGAGCUCAUGUCAUUAAAAAGUCAAAGAACAAGAAGACUGGAGAUGAAGAGGUCAAUCAAGAGUUCAUCAAUAUGAAUGAAAGUGAUGCUCAUGCUUUUGAUGAUGAGUGGCAAAAUGAGGUUCUGAAGUACCAACCCAGGGGACCAUGGCACAAUCUAGAAAACUCUAAGAUGCGAAGCAUUGGUCAUGAGGAUUCAGGAUCCCGAGAACUUAAAAGAAGAGAGAAACUGCAUCAAAGUCCAGCCAUUGAACGUGGAAGAAGAUCAAAUGUUUUUGUGGACAAACUCAACAUCAAAGGAUCACCUGUGAAAAUCAACAAAAAAUAAAUAGCAUUGCAUUUGAUUUGUUUAGUUUUGGUUGUUUGAACAGAGAAAGUAAUGGUGCUGAGUAAUACACCUAAGACCAAUCGCUUGUUAUUAAAUCAAUACUGUGUUCUUACCAACUUUCUUCUGAAUGUUCUUGGAAGUGCUAGCUUUAUAUUGUCCCUACUUUAGGAAUAAAACUUUAAUUUUCAAUAGUGCAAGCUGUUAAACAUUCUAUAACACUCUUUAAAACAUAACACAUGCUGAUUUUGCUUUCACAAUUAUUUUCCUAUUGGCUAUGUAUUCCCCUAUAUAUUCAAGAUUGAAUGUACAGCUGUUCUAUCAUAUAAAGUUAGUUAAAAGAAUAAACUGUAAAAAAAUAAUCUCAAUUUUUACUAACACUAUAAUAGAGUGAUGUUAAGAAAGGUUAAAAUUAUUUAGCUCAAAUUUUAUAAUGUGUUAUGUAGCCAGCUAGCUUAAAGAAUUUUUUUAAAUAAAGCAAAACUAUACUAGUACUCUUUUACAAAAAAUUAGUUAUUAUUUUGAUAAAGAACAUAAAGAAUAAUCAAAUAGUUCCUUUUCAAAGAGAUUUUAAAUUGUUAAUAUACAUGAAUUUUCUUAUUAUUUCUUUAUACAGUAUAUUCUUUUUUUGUUCUGUGUUACAUUUUCAACAUUCAUCAGACUUUAUAUUGACCUUUCUCUUUAACAUCUUAAGGUAGCAUAUUUCUGUUCUCCUUUCUCACAGACAGCUUAAUCUAUCUCCACGGUUAACAUUCUAAAGUUGGAGUGUCCUUGGAGAAACUCUGCUCAGCCCUUUUGUGACAUUUAGAAAAAUGCAUUUGGUAUUCUGCAAACCUGAAUGAUUGAUUGUCUCAAAAUUUCUUAGACAGGUGAAGUGUGUUUGAGCAAGGUACUUAAUAAUUCAAUUGUUCCCUUUUUAAGUAUACUAUUUAAAAAUUCAGCUCUUGGGUUUUUUCAUUCUAGAAUGUGAGCAUUAAUCUGUUUUUAUAGUUAGGUAUGAAGUUUGUGAGAAUAUAAAAUCUUAACUUUUAAGUUUUUGUUGUUUCAAGGGGGGAAAAAACAGAAUCGAUUAUCACUCUAUAAUCCUAAUAUCUUCCCUUUUAAACUUCGGAAGUAGAAUUGUGUGAUUGUGCUUAUACUCUUCUAAUUUUCUAUAUCAUAUCCUGUUAAUUUUACUAGUCAGUGUUUCAUGCCUUUAAUUAGUCAGUAAACUAAGAUGCAUAUGUGUCAAUUCAUUUUUAUAAUGGAAAGUAAUUGAGCAAGUAUUAAAGAUGUUAAAAUUUU